ACCCACCCCUCCUCUCCCUCCUGAUAGAUACCUAGAUAGAUCCAUGUUCCACCUCGAGUGAGCUACAUCGACAUUCUCACACCUUGAUAUCCUUCUCUUCUUCACUCUCACUACUCUAUCAGCAUGUCGAACCAAGAGAAACGCGCCUCGAGCGGAGGUGCAGGUGUAGCACCAGCACAAAAUGUCGACCUUAGUGCCCUAGGUGAUGCUUUGGACGAAGCAGGCGACGAGCAAGGAGGCGCUUAUAAGCUCGAUGAUCAGGAUGGAUCACCCAAGACUCUGAGUCCUUCUUCGCCGCGCUCCUUAUCCCCUGUGGGGACUCCAGGGGGUAACGCAGUCACUGCGACUGAGGCUACCACUGCGUCUGGUACAGCAGCAUCCACACAUAUGUCCACGUCUACUUCUACGCCUACUCGACGCUCCUCCCAACCUCCAACAUCUACUCCAGCCACACCUACUUCUCAAAUGGAUCCACAGCUAAAGGGGAAAGUCAAGGCAAUCAAGGGCAUGUUCCCCGAGAUGGACGAGGAGACGAUUGGCGCUGUGCUUGCUGCUGAGGGUGGGGAUGAGGAGAGUGCUGUGAAUAUCCUCCUCUCCAUGUCAGACCCUAAUGCCUCUCCCGCCCCAGCUCGCACUCCCUCAUCAAGGCAGGGUAACCAUCCCAUCUCUUCCAGCAUGUCUGAAGACGAAGCCCUAGCCCGCUCUCUUGCCAUGGAGGAGGAUGAAGCGUAUGCUCGCUCUCAAGCAGCGGAAGAGUCGAGGAGGUACGCAGCGAGGCAGCAAGGUCAACCUGGUGGGCGGACAGGAGGGGCAGGUGCUGGAUUGCAGGCUCUCUUCGGUGGUGGUGGUGGUGGAAGAGCAAGAGGAGGAGGUGCAGCAGGAGAGAGUGGUACUGGUGGUGGAGCAAGAGGAGGUGGGGGUGCAAGCUCCUUCUUCAAGGAGCUCAACACUUCUUGGAAUGAACUCAAACAGGAAGUACAACCACUCUUCGAUGGGAAAGGUCCUCUUGCCUCUUCCCGCCGAACGGAGGCUGGAGCAGCAAGCAACGACAGUGACUCGCCUUCCUUCUUCCGAGGUUCUGGUGCGGGCACAGCGGCAGGCUUAGGAUCGGGAUCAGGGUACCUAGACUCUCCCACGCCCAGCGCUAGCUACGAUGCAUCUCAGCUAAAGUACCAGCCCAGAGUCAAGAGAGGUGGUGGAGCUGCUGCACCUCCUGUCCAGACUCACCAGCAGCAGCAGCCAUCGGCGGCAGGACAAAAUGCUAAUUGGACACAGAAUCGAUAUGCCCAACCUUCUGCUGGUCAGCAGCAGCACACUCCCAUCCGGCUCUUUGGAGGUGGUGGAGGUGGAGCAGAGGCCGGUAAAGGUCCUUCGCAAUACUCGUACAGUACUCCACCACCCUCUCAAGCACAAGCACAGCAGCAGCAGCAGCCACGGGGCGCCCCUCUCGCCGGCGCAGGCAAAUCCAGACUCGAGACCCUGGCUAGCGCCCGUACCAAGAGUCCCUCCAGGAGCGACCCACCACCCACUGUCGCAUCUGUGCUGCAGCAAGGUGGGAUGCGUGGGCGGCGCCAAGAGGAAGAAGACGAUGAUCUCUACUACGAGGAGCCGGCUUUGAAGCAGAAGCAGGCGAAGGAGGGCAAGGGGAAGGCGGCGGCUGUGGGCGUUGGAGCGGGAGCGGGAGCGGGUGCUGCUGUGGCUGCGAGCGGAGCAACGCCUACUUUGACGACACCGACGACCACAAGUAGCUCGCUGGGCGGUAGCAGAGGUACGAGUGAUGACGAUGACGACGACGACGAUGAUGAUGAUGAUGAUGACGAUAACCUCGAGUAUCAGAAGAGUCCUUUUGAUGAUGAUGACUAGAAGAGAGAACAAGGCACGUGGAGAAUGCCAUGAGAGUGCGAAUUUUAUAUAUAUAAACGCUCGCAUUAGAUUUGGAUUAAGAUUAUACGUAUGUGUGUAUGUAAAGUGUGUGUAUAGAGGUGACAUAGGGAUAGUGCAAAGUAUAUACAAUCGACCAGUGAGGAGAUCAGA